AUGGAGAAUAUUAAAGACUUUGAGCCAGUUUUCAUUCAUAGUGAUGGACAAUUCAAGUCAGUCUUUGUUGAGACGGUCUUGAAACAUUAUUCCGCGUCGGAAGGAGUGAUCCAACCCGCCACUGUAUUCAAGGGGUUUGAUCCCUUCAUCUUCAACGUGUGCGCUGAGUGCCGUACGUUCAACGCAAGACAAGAACUUCAAGAAGUGUCACCUGGAAUGGUACAAAUCCCCCUGGCACUAUGCUUGAUCUAUAGGGCUCACUUUAUCCAAGCCCGAGCAAGAAAAUUCUAUGAUUACGAUGUGACUCGUCAACGACAAAAUCAGCAAAACUGUAAAAUCAGAGACAGAGGAAAAGUGGAAGUUCAAGACGAUGAUGCUUGGGAGAUCAUCAAGGUUGAAAAUGGUCUUCGUGCAUUGCUGGGACCUGUUAGACGUGCUCAUCCCGGAUAG